AUGGCUGCCAAUGGCUCUACCUACUCCCUCCCCGUCUCCCACAAGGAGAUGUUGGAGAAGUCUCUGAUCGACUCCGACCCUGAGGUCGCCGAGAUCAUGAAGGAGGAGAUUCAGCGCCAGCGCGAGUCCAUCAUCCUCAUUGCCUCUGAGAACGUCACUUCCCGUGCCGUCUUCGACGCUCUCGGCUCUCCCAUGUCCAACAAGUACUCCGAGGGCUACCCCGGCGCCAGAUACUACGGCGGCAACCAGCACAUUGACCAGAUCGAGAACCUCUGCCAGAAGCGUGCCCUCCACGCCUUCAACCUCGACCCUGCCAAGUGGGGUGUAAACGUCCAGUGCUUGUCCGGCUCCCCCGCCAACCUCCAGGUCUACCAGGCCAUUAUGCCCGUUCACGGCCGCCUCAUGGGUCUUGACCUUCCCCAUGGAGGCCACUUGUCCCACGGCUACCAGACUCCCCAGCGCAAGAUCUCUGCCGUCUCCACCUACUUCGAGACGAUGCCCUACCGAGUCGACCUGGAGACCGGCAUCAUUGACUACGACACCCUCGAGAAGAACGCCAUCCUCUUCCGCCCCAAGGUUCUCGUUGCUGGUACCUCUGCCUACUGCCGCCUGAUCGACUACGGUCGCAUGCGCAAGAUCGCCGACUCCGUUGGUGCCUACCUUGUCGUUGACAUGGCUCACAUCUCCGGUCUCAUUGCCGCCGGCGUCAUCCCGUCCCCCUUCGAGUACGCUGAUAUCGUCACCACCACCACCCACAAGUCCCUCCGUGGCCCUCGUGGUGCCAUGAUCUUCUUCCGCAAGGGCGUCCGCUCCGUCGACGCCAAGACCGGCAAGGAGACCCUCUACGACCUCGAGAACCCCAUCAACUUCUCGGUCUUCCCCGGUCACCAGGGCGGUCCCCACAACCACACCAUCACUGCUCUCACUGUUGCCCUGAAGCAGGCUGCCAGCCCCGACUUCAAGGCCUACCAGCAAAAGGUUGUUGACAACGCCAAGGCUCUCGAGAACAAGUUCAAGGCCCUCGGCCACAAGCUCGUUGCCGACGGCACCGACUCGCACAUGGUCCUCCUCGACCUCCGUCAGCACAGCCUUGACGGUGCUCGCGUUGAGGCCGUUCUUGAGCAGAUCAACAUUGCCUGCAACAAGAACUCCAUUCCCGGUGACAAGUCCGCCCUUACCCCCUGCGGUAUCCGUAUCGGCACUCCUGCCAUGACCUCUCGUGGCUUUGGCGAGGCCGAUUUCGAGCGCGUCGGUACCUACAUCGAUGAGUCCAUCAAGAUCUGCAAGGAGGUUCAGGCGUCUCUCCCUAAGGAGGCCAACAAGCUCAAGGACUUCAAGGCCCAGGUUGCCAGCGGCAACGUUGCUAAGAUCAACGACCUCCGCAAGGAGAUCGCCGCCUGGAGCUCUGGCUUCCCCCUCCCUGUUGAGGGCUGGCGUGUCGACGCUGGCAUCUAA